AUGUCGGCCUUUUCGAAAGCCCUUUCACCUGCUGUCCGGGAGAUUCGCGUCCUAUUUUGCCAGACGUCGCCAGCCUCUGCUGGCACAAGAGACUUCAUUCUGUCGGCUUACCCAACGUUGAAGAAGGCAAACCCGGAUUUACCAAUACUGAUCCGAGAGGCCAGAGGGACGCCUGCUAGAGUUUUUGCACGAUUUGAGCGCGGCAUGGAGAAACACAUUGAAUUAGAUGAUCUUAAAGUGUCUGAUGUCCAGUCGAAAGUCGCAACGUUGUUGUCAUUAUAG